AUGGCGUAUGUGUCUUUGCACGAGAAUGUCAAUACUACUAUAGAAGCGAAACGGGAAUUAUAUUCUAAACUAACAUUACAAGCAUAUUUGCGAAGACUUAAGGAUCCCCUAGGAUACAGAAUACGCUGUAUGCGACCUGCAUCUACGGAGAAGGCACUAGAGUUCGUGCAGGAGGAACUCAAUACUUUGUACCUGCAACAUCGUAACGAAAGAUACAAACGUACUGAGGUCGAGGAGCUGAGGCGGCAGCUCCUUAUACAGGAGGCAAGGAGUUCGAACGUUGAGCGCGCAAGACCGCCCCUCGCUCAUGAGGUGAAAAACGGAGCUCCUACACCGGCACCCCGCAGGACUGUGGCCGCUAAAAUGUAUAGCGGCCCUAAAAAGGGCGCGACACCCGCGGCACGUCCGGCUGCUUCGGCUUCUGUUCCGGCCAAACCAGGACCAUCGGGGACCCAAAAAGAUACGGGGGCACCAAAACCCGCUCCCUCAGGAGCAAAAAGCACCGGCCAGCGUAUGACGCAGAAGACUGCUCCUGCCCCGUCCCAGCCUGCGAAGGCGGGGCCCGGCAGGAGCCGGACCAAGAAGAAGGGGGGCGUCAACGCCGCCAAACCGGCACCGACCCCCCAGCCCCGCCCACUGCCCCCGGCCCCGGUAAACAUGAACGAGGCCUGGACGACGGUGGUGCGGCGCGGGCCCAAAAAGGAGAUGGCGGUAGGCAAUCGCGACAACGCUCCCAAGUGUUUGCGACUCCUCGACACUGCUCUGCUGCUUUUAGAGGCAGCUUCCGCUACUUGGCCUCUAAAUGUUGGAACAACAUUCCUCCACCUAUCCGGCACCAGAAAACGCUAA